AUGUCCCUUCACCUUCGGGACUUCGUCGCCGCCCACGCCUUCAACUUCCGGGAUAUCAUCGGCGCACCGUCGCGACUUCCGGCAUCGUGGUCAUUGGCGAGCCGCACCUCAUCGUCGUCGAGCUCGCGUACGUCAACCCCCCUCCCCUCCCGGGCGGCCCCCAACCCCGCGCGCACCUACCUCUUCCGCACCGCCUACCCGGUCCACAUCUCGAGCCCCGUGGUCGCGACGAACAAGAAGCUCCUCCGCCGGUGCCAGAGCACGUACGACGGCAUGAACGCCGCGCGCGAGCGCGACGCGGACCUCGUCGGCCUCGUCCCCGUCGUCUACCGCGCCGCGCCGGUCGGGUCGGUCGAGUGCCCGAUCGCGCUCGACGCGUGCCCGCUCUUCCGGACGACGUACAUGCGCUCCCUCGGGGAGAUCCGCGUCGCGCUCGAGCGCGCGGUGCGGUACGUCCGCUCGGCGUCGUCGCGCGCCCGGCGGCGGGGCCCGUCCCGCAGGCGAUGUCCCGCGAUGCCCGAGCUCGCGCUGGGGCACAUGGUGCGCGCGCCGACCGUGCUGGAGGGGGCCCCGCUCGCUGCACCGCACCCGGGGGGUGUGGAGCGCCAGUGGGUGUGGCGGUCGUUCUGGCGGGACGGGUGCGAGACGGACCGGGAGUGGAUGUUCGCGAGCGGGACGCAGCGGCUGGCGCUGCUCGCGCGGCGCAAGGACACGAUCUGGCGCGAGGGCGGAGGGUCGGAGGCUGACGGGGCUUGGGUUUAA